AUUUCACCAUAAAAAUAUCAAACAACAAAAAUUCAAAACAAGUAGUAAUCUUCCUUUACUUAUUUCUUAUUUGAUUUGAUUUCAAUCAUCUCAAUAUGAGUCGUAGCGCCGCAGUGAAAAUGUCGGGCUUGCUUAUGAGGCAACUACGGGGCGAAUUUUCAUUUUCACCCCGUGGAGGCCUAGUACAAGUUUGCCAUUGGAGUAGUAUGGCUUCUGGUACGACAAAAGAAGAGGAAAAAACACACCAACCACCCCACACGUUGGUUGGUGAGACCGGCGACAAGGCUAAGACCAAGGCCAUCGUUAGCUAUUGGGGUGUGGAUCCUCCUAAAAUCUCCAACCAAGAUGGUACACCGUGGAGGUGGAAUUGCUUUAGGCCAUGGGAGACGUACUCAGCUGAUACGUCGAUUGAUGUGAAGAAGCAUCAUUUGCCUACCAAUUUCAUGGACAAAUUUGCUUAUUGGACUGUUCAAACUUUAAAGUACCCCACCUACCUGUUCUUCCAGAGACGUCACAUGUGUCAUGCCAUGUUGCUAGAAACCGUUGCAGCCGUGCCAGGUAUGGUAGGGGGAAUGCUCCUCCACUGCAAAUCCCUUCGUAGAUUCGAGCAAAGUGGUGGAUGGAUCAAAGCCCUCCUCGAAGAAGCUGAGAACGAACGUAUGCAUCUCAUGACAUUCAUCGAGCUAUCAAACCCUAAAUGGUACGAACGUGCAUUAGUCUUCGCAGUACAAGGGGUAUUCUUUAACGCCUAUUUCUUGGCUUAUUUGGCAUCACCAAAAUUGGCUCAUCGAAUCGUUGGCUACUUAGAAGAAGAAGCAGUGAAUUCAUACACUGAGUUUUUGAUUGAUAUAGAAAAAGGAGAAUUCGAAAACUUACCGGCGCCGGCUAUUGCUAUUGAUUAUUGGCGUUUGCCUGCGGAUUCGACGCUUAAAGAUGUUGUUACUGUUAUUAGAGCUGAUGAAGCACAUCAUCGUGACCUAAAUCACUUUGCUUCGGAUAUACAGUGUCAAGGGCAUGAGUUGAAGGAGUUUGCUGCUCCAAUUGGAUAUCAUUAAAGUUAAAACAAUAUCUCAAAAGUUUUAUCUAUACAUAACUAAUAUAAUCUCUAUUGUUAAAUUUUCCCAUUAAUUUGUUCUAUAUUUUUGUAUUAAAUUAAUAUUGAGCUGUUUUUUUUUCUUUGUACAAAUAUCAAGUAUGAUGCUAAAGAAUGAAGUUGCUAUAUAUUUACUUGCAAUAAAUAUAUUGAAGAAUUUAAAAUAUUAAACUA